CCUGGCAACACUGUUUCUAUGUUAAGGGUAUGUUUAUGUUCUCUGGUAUGUUUCUGUGGUAUGUUUAUUCUUUUCCAAACAAUCAAACCUCGUGGUCGAGUCAAGAUGGAGCCGAGACUUCACAACUUCCAACGGAAUGCCCUCAGCCCCAUUUUCCGGCAACGCGCAGUCAUCGAAGACAACGUAGCACUCCUGGAAUCCCUUAUAAACUCAGGAGAGAGCAUCAACAUCAUCGACGACCGCGGCAACACGCCACUCCACGUGGCAGUCCAGGACCAAAAGAAAGAAGUCUUUGACUAUCUUUUGACACGCGGUGACGUGAGGAUCGACGCUCGUAAUUUCGAGGGAUUCACGCCCUUGAUGCUCGCAGUUGUACACAACGACAGUCACUACGCUCUGAAUUUAAUCGAAAAAGGGGCUGAUUUGAACGUGAGGAACAAGCUUGGUGCGUGUGCGUUGCACUUCGCUUCGGACAAUAUUUAUGUGGCGCAAGUGCUCAUCGAGAAGGGGGCGGAUAUAAAUGCACAGGACUGCCGCGGAAAGACGCCUUUAUAUUCUGCUUGCGUGACAGGUCACUCAGAAUUUGUGCAUCUUAUGGUGUGUUUUGGGGCUGAUCCGAGGCUCACCAGCGACGAUUCUUUCCCGUUUGAUGCUAGUGUGGAGUACGAUCUGACUGAUGUUCAGGAGGUUCUUUAUUAUUCUACGUUUGAUGAAGAGUGCGAGGUUAGUUUGAAAGCUAUGACUGUACUAAUGAUAAAAGGGUCGCCGUUUUUUCAACCAUUGAUAGAUAUGUGUUCAAUUGUGUAUGAUUACAGUGAUGUACACUACUUAGUUUUUAACUUACAUUUAAUUGAGCCAGAAACGUUUAAAAUUUUUCUAGAUAAAUACGAAAAUGUUGUGUGGGAUAUGUUUACAACAAGUUCCCCUCUGAUGUAUAUAUUUCCUAACUGCAGUGUUGAGAAGAGUGAGCGAUUUAUUUAUGUUUUGUUUGAGAGUAGCUUACGUGAUUUCAUCCCUAGUAUGGAAACUUGUUUCAAAAAUUAUAUCCCGUUUGAAAUCAUGGGGGAAAAUUUUUUAACUAAAAUAAUUUGUUAUUUGUUAAGUUAUGGUAGUGUAGUUACCAGGUGUGACAUGAAUGCCAUUUACAGGUGUUUUGGGUUUGGCGAAUUAUUUAAAAUUCUGUUACACAUGCAGAUCGAUGAUAGUACGUGUCAUAACAGAUAUUACGGCCUACAACCAUGUAAUAUUAUCACCGAACUAGGAGACUUUCUAAUACCACGUUUGAUUUAUGAUUUUAGGUUGAAAUUUAAAAUUAUUAACAAAAUGUCGCCUGCGACAUUUACUUUAGAGUGUUUUGAAAAUUUGAUCAAAUUCUUUACUCACCCAAAACUUGUAAAAUGUUGUAAAUUUCUAGAACUAACAAAAAAUAUACCAAAUGUGCCUUCAUUGCUUGAACUGAGCAGAGAGUGCGCUCGCGAAAACCUGAUCAAACACUAUGGUAUUAAAAAUACUAUGCAGUUUCAGACUCUACUCAAUCACUUACCUGUAUAUAAUGACUUGAAGGCAAUACUACGAUACGAAAAACCCAUAUAUAAUCGUUAAGUACCUAAUGUUACAAAAUUUAUAUUUUUUAUAUGAAAGGACCAAAAACGUGAAAUUGUGUAUUUGUUUUCUUAAUAAAAC